UUUGACUUGGCAGAGAAUCAUCGCUGCCUGAUUUACACUUCCCGUCGGUUGUGUAUUUGGCCAAGGAAGCCUCUGUGUCUUCAGUACGACAACGCCACUCUCCUGUUUUCCCGAAACUAAAACGCUUUGUCGUUCAUUUUAUUUUGGUUUGUUUUCGUUGGAGAUCCAACUGUGCUUUUUAGCGGUAAAUUUCAGAAGGCAGUUGCUAGAGCUAUCAGCAAUAUAAUCACAAAGCAUACCAAUUUUUGAAAUCAGCCUAACUUUUUGAGAUUGUAGAAAAAGAAAAGGUUUGAUCUUUUUAAUCUGACUUUAUUUCCCGUCUGAAAUCUAUCAUCUCAAUUAAGAAAAAAAUGAAUCUUCUCAUCAAAUGCUGCGGUUGAAAACAUGAAUGCAUACUUAAAUAUUGUGCCUAUCAGAUCACGUAAACGGUUUCUCUCUACCUUCAGCGCCAUAUCCAUAUCAGAGAAAUUCGAUUCUUGCUUAGAGAAUUGUUCAGAUAUUCUCUUUUUGAAGAAGCUGCAUGCCUCCAUUUUCGUUCAUGGACUUGGAGAUGUCACUUUUUUGGGCUCUAAGCUUGUAACUUGCUAUGCAAAGUUUGAUUUUUUAACUGAAUCGAGAUGGGUAUUUGAUAGAAUCGUCAAUAACAGUUUGUCCCUCUGGAGUUCAGUUCUAGUUGGGUAUUUUAGAGCUGGUCAGUACAAAGAAGUUCAAUGGCGAUAUUUGAAUUUGAGGCAAAGAAAGAUAUUUUUGGACAGUUCAAUGAGUAUGUUUUGUUUGAAGAGUUGUAUUGAAUUAGGUUGUUUAAAUUUUGGAAAAGGAGUUCAUGCAGAUGCUUUCAAGUUUGGGUUAAAUACAAAUUGCUUUGUGGGUUCUUCCCUAAUUGGAUUGUAUGGUAAGUGUGGUGAUAUUAUUGAUGCAUCUAAAGUAUUUGAUGAAAUAACGCAAAGAGAUGUUGUUGUAUAUACAUCAAUUAUAACAGAGUAUGCGCGACUCCGUGAUCACCGUGCUUAUGAGGCUUUUAAGUUUGCCUGCAAUAUGCAGCAAGAAAAGCUGGAUCCUAAUAGGGUCACUCUAGUGAGCUUACUUCAAACGUCAGCACAGUUGGAAGUUCUACGAGAAGGUCGUUCGGUCCAUGGCUAUGCUGUUAGACGAGGAAUUGGUUGUUCAGAUGAGGUUUUUGAAACUACUCUGAUGGACAUGUAUAUCAAAUGUGGUGCACCGAGAAAUGCCGACUGUAUUUUUGGAAAAAUCAAGAUAAGAAAUAUAGGUUCUUGGAAUGCAAUGGUUGCCGGUUAUCAGAAAAUAGGGCAAUCAUUUGAUGCUUGGAAUCUUUUCUACCUCAUGAUGCAAGAAAAUAUUAUGCCUGAUCUGAUUAUAUUAGCAAAUGGGAUUUUGUGUUGUGCUGAUUUGAAGCAUUUACGAGAAGGCAAGAGCAUCCAUUGCUAUAUCAUUCGAAUAGGAUUCCGUCUUGAUUUAGUGGCUAUUACUGCUCUUGUUGAUAUGUAUUCGAAGUGCAAGUGUAUAAUUCAAGCCAGGAAAUUAUUUGAUAAAAUAGAAACAAGAGAUAAUAUUUUGUGCAAUGUGAUGAUGGCAGGUUAUCUUCAUAAUGAAUUUGCUUGUGAAGCUGUGAAGAUUUUCUCUGAAAUGGUUAGAACAUGUAUCAAGCCAAAUAUAGGUUCUAUCCUGAAUUUACUUUCUGCAUCAUGCGAUCUAAAAGACUUGAAACUAGGAAAGUGUGUCCAUGGAUAUGUAUUAAGACAAGAGUUUCACUUGAGUGUAGAAGUUGCCAAUCAAGUCAUCUUCAUGUAUGCAUAUUGCGGUUGUAUAUACUAUGCAAGGCAAGUCUUCAGCAGGUUAAGAAAUAAGGACUUGGUGUCAUGGACGUCAAUGAUGACAGGUUAUAUUCAACAUGGGCAAGCUAAUGAAUCCAUUGACUUGUUUCGACUGAUGCGAAGCGAACAGAUUGACCAUGACUCAGUUGCUCUGACAAUUCUGCUUCAGGCAUUUUGCCAGCUUGGACAUCUAAGCCUGGCAAAGGAAGUUCAUUGUCAUUUAUAUCGAGCUCAUGACAAGAGAGAUAUCCCUGUUAUCAAUUCUUUGAUUACACUAUAUGCAAAAUGUGGAAAAUUGAAUAUGGCUAGAAAUCUUUUUGAGAAUGCAACCGAAAAAUGUACAACAUCAUGGAAUGCAAUGAUCGCAGCGUAUGGAAUGCAUGGGAAUUGUUUGGAUGCUCUCAAAUUAUUUGACAGCAUGAAGGGAAAGAAUAUUGAACCUGAUGAGGUAACCUUCACUUCACUUCUUACUGCCUGCAGCCACUCGGGCUUUGUAGAAGAUGGUCUAAACGUGUUUAGGUCGAUGACUGAAGAGUUUUCUAUAAUUCCAUGCGAAGAACAUUAUGGCUGUUUGGUGGAUUUAUUAAGCAGAGCUGGGCAGCUUGAAGAAGCUUAUGGUUUAGUUAAAUUUCUGCCAUCAAGACAAAGAGCUCAGGCAUUGGGUGCUUUGCUUGCUGCCUGUCAAGUAUAUGGAAAUACAGAGAUGGGGGAGGUUAUAGGGAAGCACCUCUUGGAUUUAGAACCUGAGAAUGCUAGUGCUUAUACUUUGAUGUCAAACUUGUAUGCAGAAAGUGGAAAAUGGGAUGAUGUCGUCAAAAUAAGAUCCAUGACUAAGGAGAAAGGUCUGAGAAGGAUUCAUGGAUACAGUCUAAUUGAGCUAAAUAAGAAUUUAAAGAUGUGAAAGACGUGAAGAUAAUAAAUUAGAUAUAGAUUUCUUAAAUUUACAGUUGGAGCAUUCAUUUUCUAAUAUCAUUUUUUUGAUAUGUUAAUUUAACUCCGGUUGGAGGUUCAAUCCCGCAAAUUUCAUAACUUGUAAAAUAGAAAAUUUAGAGUUUUUAUCUUAAGAAAUAAAUAAUGUGAUAAUGUAAAUAACUAGAGAUAUCAUGUAGAAAUUUUAAUUGAUUAUUAGCCAAAUAUAUAAAUUCACCCUUCUAUUAUACAUUUGA